AUGAGUAUGCUUCACCCUUCAUCACUCCAUGGACGUGUUGGAUCAUGCCCUAUCCCAAUCCGGCGUGUACAUUCUUUUGAUGCGUCCCAAAGGGAACAUGGCUCAUCGCCAUCAUCGGAGCGUUCAUGUUCUCUAUCGCCACCGUCGUCACCGUUGCACUUUUCCAAGCGACAUAUGGUGCCUACUAGCAGGAAUCAUACGCGUGUAUCAUCUGUUCCUAAUCUUCGCACAGUUCGGCGCCUCUCGAAUCACUUUCAAGGAUCCAGGCCCCAUGUACGAUCGUACUCGCCGCCACCUGCAGUCUUGAGCGCGCCACAUUUGAAUCUGCCUGUACCUGCUGGAUGGCAAGAGGGCCCAUUUAGUGCAUCUUCUAACGCGCGUAUCAGCUCACCUCUUUCUGAGUCGUUUGAAGGUGGGGAGGCGUUCACGCAGCGAGAGCCUCCUCCUGUGCCUGGUCCUGAUGUGAUUGACUCUGUAUGGUUCGACUCACCACCUGCGGAAACUGUUCGUACCCCAGACUAUUCAGAUGAAAUGGAAAGAUUCGGUCCAGUGUUUCCUACGUCUCCAGUUCUUGCGCUGGACUCGGCUGGCUCAGCGAGUGACAAAGUUGUGAAUUUGGGAUUUCCGCGACUUUCGUCUUUGUCGCUCCAGAGCUCGACAUCACCACCAGACAUGACUGUAUCGCCUCGCUCCGUCCCUGACAGUCCGCCCAAGACUCGCAGCAACAUCGCAUUGCCCCCGCGCUCGGGCUAUUCGCUGAGUGACGACUCAGAUAGUCUACGAUCUGAAGGCGAUACAUCAGCGGGAUCUGGUCCCAGCAGUAAUGAGUCUAGUUCUGAAAACGAAGGCGACAGUGCGCUUGACGAUGAUGAUGAUGACGAUGAUGACUCCAAUGAGCAAAGGAUUCGGAAGUGGCAGCUUGUACGCUCAUCGGCUGUGCCAACAUUACCCGAUGCCACGGUUCAGCGUGCCGGUCUUGUUCCAGAUUCAACCAUGUAUGCGGAUGUGUCAACAAAUGGCACUCGGCACAGAACCUCGGACAGCGAAGAAGAAGAAGAUACUAGUAAUGAUGCAGAUGCUGAGGACGAGCGUGAAGAGAGGAGCGUGAGGAAAACAGCAGCUCUAUUAGCACCUUUAUCGGGUGUUACAGCUCCAGAAGUAUCAACAGCAGGGAACGCUCCAAUUUCUGCCACCGCUCCCGCGGUUGAGGAAGACCUCAUCGACACCACCGUUGAUCCAGACGAGACCACAGAGUUCUUGGACGAUGGUCUUAGUUGUCUAGAGCGAAUUUUUCUUUUUGCCAAAAGUGACUUGGCUUAUCACCGCGUGCUUGUGUCGCGAUGUCUUGCAGACUGGAUCAAAGAUGUGGACCUAACAGAUGCCGUCGAAUACAUCAUUCCUUUGCUCAAUGGGCUUGCAACGGACGAGCUGGAGGUGAGCGCUGUGUUUGCACCUGAACUUGGCCGCUUGAUGUGGUUCUUCUUCCGCAACUGCCCGCUACAGGAACUAUCUGACCUUGAGCCCAGCACUGAUGAUACGGAUGAAGAAAUCAUGCCCCGGCCCUGUAUAACGGUCAGCACGUUCACGCCGCUUCUUUGUUCAUUGCUCCUGAAUCCCAACAAUGCAGUAUCUGGCGCUACACAGGCAUCUAUCGUUGAAUAUUUCCUGCGCAGCAAGCACUAUGACGAGGCUUUGCGUCAAGAAGACGAUGACUCACACAGCACUGCUGAUGACGUGCGACAUGCAGACUUGGUGGAAAUGGGUAUGGCGCGUGACAAGCUCGUGCCGCUCACGCCGUACAAUUUCGGACGUGAAGCACGUGAAGCUGUCCUCAACGAGCUUUUCGAACAUGUGGCCAUUGCUAUUUCAUGCAUGGACGACAGCACCCCUGAACCAUCCGCGUCUACUGCUGCUGCUUCCAGUGCGAUUCCAGCUCCAAAUACCGAUAAGGCAGAAUCAGGAGCAGGAGCAACGCCGUAUGAACGUUUGCCAUUUGACGAGGAGUCAGCUCUCGGGCGCAUGAUGUCUGUGAAUUUGCUGGCUGCGAUCACCGUGGAAGGAGGCUUCUCUCGCGAACAACUAACGUGCCGCGUGGUACCAGAAAUCACUAGUUGGCCGUGUGAUCCGGCGUUCUUUGUACGAAAAGAAGUCGCUGCGGCAAUAGGCAUCAUCGGCAAAGCGCUCAUGGUUGAGGAGGAUGAUGGGUUUCUAUUAGAGGAAACAAAUGCGCCCGUCCGUUUGUUCGAAGCAAUCAAUCGUGUGCUCCUAGAUCAUGUAUGGCAGGUGCGACAGGCAGCGUGCUAUUCUUUGCCUGGAGUGUUUGCUAUACAACCGCACAACCAAGCGCGGCGCGAGAAUCUUGUGCUCAUUAUGCGUGCACUGAAGCAGGAUGUGUCGCCGAAUGUUCAGCUCGCGGCGUUUGAGAUGAUUGGCGAGGUGAUCUACUUAUUCCAUGAUGAUGAUGCUGGUGUGCCGGAUGAACUUGUGCGCAUGUUCAUGGGUUUGCCCAUAGAUGCCGCACUCGCCGUGGAUACUGGUAAUGGGACUACUUCUGACACGGAGGCCCACCGCGACUUGCUGUCUAACUCUGACUAUUCGCUCAUUAUCGCCUUCAAUUUCCCAGCCGUGCUUCUCACGAUGGGUGCGCAGCACUGGCCCAAACUACGACCUUUGUACAUGCAGUUGACUCAGCAUGCGUAUGAUAAUGUGCGAAACUCGCUUGCUGCAUCACUUCAUGAAAUCGCUCGGCUUUUGGGCUCAGAGAUGGCAGCAACGGACCUUGUGCCUGUGGUUGACCGUUUUCUGCAUGACUCGUGCUUGGAUGUGACGGCUACACUUCUUGAGCAUAUGGACGAGUUUUGGCUUCUUCUCCCACCACAUAUCGCUCGCGAACAGCUCCGUCGCAUUCCUGCUCUUUGGUUUGAUGCUUACUCGCAGGAAUGGCACCUGCGACAGAGCCUUGCUAUGCAUAUUCCGUCACUUGUGCCAACGCUCCUUCUGACAGAUGAAGACGGAUGUCUCGUGACACUCUUGCUGCUUGCCCUUAAUGACUCUGUAAAUGCCAUCCGGGCGAUCGGCUGCCACGCCGUGCCUAUAAUAUACCAUACAUUCCGUCUCCAUGACGAGACGAUCGCCGACGGUUUCUUGUCGAUGCUUUGCGACUUCGCCUAUGCUCCGACAUCGCGGCAACGCUCAACAUUCUUGCACAUCGCUCGAGUUCUCUUGGAGGAAGAGCUUGGCUGUGAUCGGUUUGAACACCUUGUUCUUCCUUGCCUACUCAAGCUCGCUGGAGACUGCGUGAUGGAUGUGAGAAUAGCACUUGUUCGCACUUUCCAACAGAUUUGGUCUCGGCAUUGGUACACGAGUCAGAAUAUGCCGCAUUCUCUGCUUCGCGUGGCUGCGACACUACUCGCCUGCCGUGUCCGAGUAGUUCAGGAUAUUAUGCGGUCGCUUGAACCCCCAUUGCAGGAUGUGAAAGUAAGCGAGGCAGUACCGCCUGACGAACGCCUUCCACUUGAGUUUGGGCCUGCACGACCCCUUUUGGACCAAACCACCAUACCCUGGCGCAAUAUUGAUGAGUGUGAACAAUCCGAUGGGGCGUCUGUAUAA